AUGGCUCACCAAGGACAUCCUCAGCAGGGUUACUACCCCCCUCCCCCACCUGGUGCCCCCCCUGGCCACCAAGCCCAAGGGCAUCCCCAGCAGCAGCUCCAUGCCCCUCAGCAGCAGCAACAACACCAACAACAACACCCCUCAGAUAGCGGACAGUUCCCAGGUGGCAGUUAUGCCGUCACUCACCGUGACACAAACGCCGUGCUGAACGUCACCGUCCAGCAGGGAGCGAACGUCCGCUCUGCGCCGGGGGCCAUGAUUCACAUGUCCGGUGAUAUCAAGCUGACAGGCAAAGUCAAAUUCUCCAUGAAGAAGCUCUUCACUGGCGGCGAGAUGUCCGAGUCCACUUACACCGGGCCUGGCAGGGUCGCCCUCGGCCCAACCUUGUUUGGAGACAUCAUCACCCUCCACAUUGACGGCAGACAAAACUGGAUUAUCGGCAAGGAUGCCUUCCUCGCCUGCACAGCAGAGGUCGCCAAGGAGUCAAAGUCCCAAGGCCUUGGUAAGGCCCUGUUCUCUGGCGAGGACCUAUUUGUCUACCACGUAAAGGGCCAGGGUAUUAUGUGGUUGACGAGUUUCGGUGCCGUUGAUCGCCUCGAUCUUCAGCCUGGUGAGCAACACAUUGUGGACAACGGCCACUUGGUAGCUUGGAGUUGUGACUACAAGAUCGAGCGAGCUGGUGGCGGCGCAAGCACAAGUAUGAAGACCGGCGAGGGUCUUGUCUGCCGAUUUACUGGGCCUGGCUCUGUAUAUGUGCAGACUCGUAACAUGGAUGAGUUCCAGUCCUUUAUUCGUGCUACGGCUGGAUCGCAGUAA